AGCAACUUCAAGAAGAAUUGCGAUGGAGAAGAACACUCUUACAUGCUGCUGAUGUGGUCCUGGACCCAGACACCGCUCAUCCUGAGCUCUUCCUGUCUGAGGACCGGAGAAGUGUGAGACGGGGCCCUUCCCAGCAGAGGGUGUCUGACAACCCUGAGAGAUUCGACUGUCAGCCUUGUGUCCUGGGCCGGGAAAGCUUCGCCUCAGGAAAACAUUACUGGGAGGUAGAAGUUGAAAACGUGAUGGCGUGGACAGUGGGGGUUUGUAGAGACAGUAUUGAGAGGAAAGGGGAGGCCCUGCUGCUUCCUCAGAAUGGCUUCUGGACCCUGGAGAUGUUUGAAAACAAAUACCGGGCCCUGUGCUCCCCUGAGAGGAUUCUCCCUCUGAGAGAGCGCCUCGGCCGGGUGGGCGUCUUCCUGGACUAUGAAGCUGGAGAUGUCUCCUUCUACAACAUGAGGGACAGAUCGCACAUCUACACGUGUCCCCGUUCACCCUUUGCUGGCCCCCUAAGACCCUUCUUCAGGCUGGGGUCUGACGACAGCCCCCUCUUCAUCUGCCCAGCACUCGCAGGAGCUAAUGGCAUCACAGUGCCUGAGGAGGGCCUGAUUCUGCACAGGGCACGGACCCCACACCGCCCACAGGACCAAUUCCCUGUUCUCACAGCCAUGUAGAGAAGCCCUGGCCAUCUCGGUACCACUGCACCGGGCCUCCUGGCUGAGUCCAGGCCCCCCUUCCCUCUGGUGACAUAAGAGAACAUCUAGCUGCCUCUUUCACACCCAUUUCAGGCCUCAGCCCCAGCUCUCCCCCUCACCAGGCAGUGGCUUUAGUAGCUCCUCUGCUUGUGCCUAUGGGGAGGAUCUAGUCUUAGGCAGCUACUUCUAUUGCACAGCUCCCAGCCAAGACGAAAGUGUGACAAGGUGAUGGACAGCAAACCUGCUGCUUUACCGUCAGGGUGACGAUGUUGAUCCUGAUGCUCCACUUGGCACCAGAGGUUGUGGACAUGGGGCGAGGGCAACAGGAUGCACCAGGAUGUAGGAGGAGGCACGGAACCACACACCUCCUGAGGGGAGAGGGAACCACAUGUAGAGGUCAGAGACAGAGGAAGCGGCACCAGAGAGCUGGGAGGAGACCAAGGUUGUGAGCAUGGUUAAGCCCCACCAUGAUAGUUAAGGGGG